AUGGUGGAGGGGUUUCAUGCUGAGCCGUUACGAGGUACUAUUCAGAACGUCCCUUCUGAAAUGACUGCAAGGAACAAGCAUACGAAUAUCGUCCUUUUUGGGCAGGCAGGGGCAGGCAAAAGCUCACUCGUCAACCUCAUGGCGGGGCAGGAUCUAGCAAGCACAUCCAACGACACAAAAUUCAGCACGAUGCACUGGCCAAAAUAUCCCAUCGAAUUUGAUGGCAAGUCUCAUAAGGUGUUCGAUACCGUUGGACUCGAGGAACCACACCUGGGAAUCCCGCAGUACUUCGAUGCUGUCGAGAAUGCCUAUAAGCUCAUCCAGGAUUUGGAGAGACAAGGGGACAUUGAUCUGCUUCUGCUCUGCGCACGCGCAAGCAGACUCACUUCUACGCUUCAAAGCAAUUACCGGCUCUUUCACGAAUUUUUCUGCGACAAGAAGGUUCCCACCAUUGUAGCGAUCGCAUACCUCGAAAACGAGGGCGAAGAAAUGGAUGGCUGGUGGAAGAGAAACAGAGAGAACUUUUCCUUGACCAGGAGGCCUACGUCGAUGGUCAUGCAUGCAUCGCCGCCGUCGAAGGCAAUUAUCCACACCGGCAUGAAGAAUCGCGCACCACGAUCCGCGCCAUUCUCAAGGAGUUCGCUGCUGACGGACGGAAGCAAGCAUGGAUAGGAGGAGAAAACCCUUUCACGUCGUUCAUGCGUAAGCUGAAGGGGCUCCCUGUGGGGAAUGUGAAUGCGAAGAAGGAC